AUGGCUCACCAACGCGUUGCACUGUGGGCUGCUGAACCCGAUCUUGAUGAUGAUAUCAACGAUGCCGAUGUCGACAUCCCCAUCCCCAUACCCUCGUCAACCAAUGAAUUGUACGAUGACCCAAAUCUUCAGCUCGACGAAGGCUCCUUGCAAGCAAUGCAACAGCACAUCGCACAGCAAGCUGCAUUUGCGCAGAUUCCGGACGUUGUAAAGCGCUUUAUCGUCCAUUUUCACCAAGCUGUCCUGGACAAUAACCUUCAGGAAAUAACUCUUGCUUACGAGUCAGGCUGGACUCGCCUUACCGAGAAAUACUAUGCAAAAACGGAGUGGCCAGAAGCAGAGACUAUUGCACCAUUGGUCAAUGACGAUCAAAUCUUUCUCAUCUUGUAUCGUGAAUUGUACUACCGACACGUGUACUCAAGACUUCAGCCCAACGUAGACGACCGGUUCCAUUCUUAUGAGAAUAGUUGCGAGUUGUUUAACUAUCUCCUUAACUCCGACGGGCCCGUGCCUUUAUCCCUACCUGCACACUGGUUAUGGGACAUCAUCGACGAGUUCAUCUAUCAGUUCCAAUCAUUUGCCCUUUUCCGCUCGCGUCCUGCGUCAAAAACCGAUGAUGAGCUGGCCAUGCUCGGCUCAGAAGGCGGUGCCCAAGCUUGGAGUUCGUAUUCAGUGCUCAAUGUCCUGUACUCCCUUAUCCAAAAGAGUCGCGCGAAUGAAUGGCUCAAAGCACGUGCGGAGGGGAAGAGCGACGAGGAAAUAGAAGAAAUAGUUGGCGAAUACGGAACGAAGCCUUUGUAUCGCAUGCUCGGAUAUUUCUCCAUCAUCGGCCUUCUGCGUGUGCAUGUUCUCCUGGGUGAUUUCACGCUUGCCUUGAAGGUCAUGGAAAGCGUUGGGCUCGGCCAGAAGGCUCCCUUCACCGCGCCUACAGCUGUGCAUGUCUCCACCGCUUAUCAUGCUGGCAUAUGUUACUUGAUGCUGCGAAGAAUUCCUGAUGCAGCUCGUGUUUUCACUGGCGUUCUUAACUGGGUAAUGCGCGCGCGGCAAUACCACACUCGUAGUUACCAGUAUGAUCAGAUCAAUAAAACCGCAGAUCGGAUGUAUGCUCUACUGGCGCUUUGUCAUGUGCUCGCACCAACUAGGCUUGAUGAUAACGUGAUGAAUAUUGUGCGUGAGCGAUAUGGCGAGCAAAUGGGGCGUAUGGGCAGAGGCGAGGAAGGUUUAUCGGCAUUUGAAGAGCUGUUCUUGUAUGCCUGUCCCAAAUUUAUCUGCGCCAACUCCCCACCAUAUGACGACCCUUCCGCGCUCGCUUCAAUGCUCGUCCCGCCCACGCCGACCUCCCCAACCUCACAGAGCCCUAGCGUAGUUCUUGGUGAUCCGACCCAACGACACCUCCGGGCCAUGUCAUCUCAUUUCAUGUCGCUUUCACCCGUCCCGAGUCUUAAGAGUCUCCUGAAGCUCUACACGAGUCUGGAUGCACAGAAGCUUACGGGCUUCUUGGAUACAUCGGGUGCUGGUGUAGACGAAGAAGAGGUAUUGAGCUGGAUGAUGGUAAUGAAAAAUGCCGGACGAUGUGUUGGACGCGUAAAUACCGGUGGGACUGCUGCAAAUGGCGAGAAGGAUAACGAGGAGGGAUCAAGAUCUUCUGAGAGUUUACUUGGUGGGGAGUGGAUGUCCAUAAGCGACUUGAACUUCGUGAUAGACCAGGCUUGUUACCUUCUUUCUCCCAACAUGGUCCACAUCGCCGAGUCAACUGUUGGCCGUCGAUAUGCAGGGUGGUUCAUCCGUAAUUCGGAACAUGCAGCACGUGUGCUUGACGGUAUCAAAGCAUCACCAUUACCACCACGUACAGCUCCUCCCGUUCAGAAAAAGAGUGUUGACGGGCCAAAACCAGAGGGCGCGCCGAGAACAACAGGACAGAAAGUGGCAUGGGGAGGGCUCAAAGCUGCAUAA